AUGUUACUGCAGCUGUUCGAGAAGUGUGCUGUUAUUGCCAAUCUCGUGCGCUCCGAGACUGUGUGGAAGGCACAGGACAAGACCGCGAGCGACGAUGUUGCUCUUGAGAACGGCGAGUUCGGGUUCGGUGUGCAUCUCGGUAUCCUGGCAAAGCGUCAGGAGCUCCAGGACAAGGUGAAGACGCUUGUUUCCAGCGAGCAUACCAAGGAUAUCGUGUCGCAGCGUCUGCUCGAGUGCCUUGUGCAUUGGUGUGAGAAGCAGCCGAAGCACGAGGAGCUCGCGAACGAGAUCGCAAUUCUGCUUGAAAACGAGCAGCACCAGUGUGGGCUCCUGGCUGAGAUCUACGCCUUGAAGCAGUACUUUGCGCCGCUGAGUCAGUGCUUGCCAGUGGUGAAAAUGUCAACCUUCUGA